GGCAAACCAACCUUACACGAUGUUUUUAAACAAAAAGUUUAAAGUUAUUUUCACUGUACUAUAAGAAUUUUCAAUUUUUACAAAAAUGGUAGGUAAUUAAAAUAUGUUAAAAUGCAAUCACAAAAAUAUCUUCAGUUAACUUUGGCAAUAAUUAAACCACAUAUUGUUAAAUCUCCUUUUGUGCUUCAGAAAAUUCGAGAUUUAAUAAUUGACAAUAAUUUAAAAAUUGUCAGAUCACGCAGGACAAUAAUUACACAGAAAGAGGCGGAAUUAUUUUAUGAAGAACAUAAAGAAAAAUUUUUUUACAAUCGUCUUUUAACAUUUAUGUGUAGUGGUCCAUCAGAUAUUCAUAUUUUAGCAGAUCAUAAUGCUAUUGCUAAAUGGAGAAAUUUAAUGGGUCCUACAAAAGUAUACGAGGCACAAUAUAUUGCCCCUAAUACAAUUCGAGGAAUGUUUGGUUUAUCAGAUACAAGAAAUGCCACACAUGGUUCUGAUUCGGUGAAAUCUGCUGAGAGAGAAAUAGGAAUAUUCUUUAAAAACUUUGAUUUACAAAAAUGGUAUCAAUAUGAGGAAAAAUAUUACAAUUUAGGUCAAGUUCACUUUGACCCAAUAGCAUUUUUACAUACUAUUGAUCAAAAAUUUAUGAACAGUAAUAAAGGACAAAUUAUAAAGUGAAUAUUGCAAAUAGAGUACCUGAUUUUUAUAAUUUAAUAGAUAUUUAAAAAUAUAGACAAAAAAAUUGUAGACUUUCAGAUAAAUAUAUACUCAAUUUGACGAAAUGGUAAAGCUCCAUUGAAAAAUGAGAAAAACACUUGUGGAGCUUUUUUGUUGUUUCUUAUAGAUUAUGUUACACCCUCUGUAACCUUAUUUAAGAAAAUAAUAAUUUAAGCAUUCAUUUUUACAUAAA